GUUAAACAGUAAUGAUCAUGAAAGCCAGAGAGACUUUCAUAAAAUAGGCAAAAGCUUAUAGUAGUGCAGUUACUACACUUCAAUCUUCUUUUUCCCGAUAUAGUUUCUCUACUAACCCACCCAUCUCUCCACUUUUUUGCUCUUUAACUUCAUCAUCACAAGACAUGAGCCUUCUUUCAGCAUCAGAUUCAGCUCCAUUACAAUUUCUACUUCCUCCAGAAUGGGUCGUGGAAAGAUUGAGAUCAAGAAGAUCGAAAACUCCACAAACAGGCAGGUCACUUACUCCAAGAGAAGAAAUGGUAUUUUCAAGAAAGCUAAAGAACUUACUGUUCUUUGUGACGCUAAAAUCUUUCUCAUCAUGCUCUCCAGCACCAGGAAAUAUCAUGAGUAUACUAGCCCAAACACUACGACAAAAAAGAUGAUAGAUCAGUAUCUGAGUACGCUUGGAGUUGAUAUUUGGAGCAGUCACUAUGAGAAAAUGCAAGAAAACUUGAAGAGAUUGAAAGAGAUUAAUAACAAGCUAAGAAGAGAGAUAAGGCAGAGAACAGGGGAAGACAUGAGCGGCCUCAAUUUGCAGGAACUGUGCCACUUGCAGGAAAACAUCUCUGAAUCUGUUGCUGAGAUUCGUGAAAAAAAGUACCACAGGAUCAUGAAUCAAACGGUAACCUGCAAGAAGAAGGUGAAGAGCUUAGAAGAGCAGCAUGGAAACCUCGUACUUGACUUGGAAACAAAAUGUGAAGAACAAAAGUAUGGUGUAGUGGAAAAUGAGGGGCAUUACAACUCUGCUGUGGCAUUUGCGAAUGGAGUGCACAACCUUUAUGCUUUUCGCCUACAACCGUUGCACCCCAAUCUUCAAAACGAAGGAGGAUUUGGUUCUCGUGAUCUACGUCUCUCCUGAAGACAUCAAUUUGCAGCAAUGGCCUUAAAACUUAAUGUUGAAUUACUUAUUUGAAUCAACUUCCCAAAUUAUAUCUUAUUACUCAAAAAAAGUUAAAUAUUGGAAGCUGCAAACACUACUAUAUCUAAUUAGGUUUUGCUCCGACUCUGGAUUUGGUUCCUUUCCUAAUUGUCUAAAGCACUUUAUUAUUUUACGAGUUUCAACUCUUAUAUAUAUGGGUGAUGCCAAGGAAGAUGAAUUAUGAUGCCUUGAACGUAUGUUCAAUUAAUCAAUUUCCCUUUAUGACUUCA